AUGGAUGAAUUGGCUCUCACCCCGCAGAAGCUGCGGAAGCUGCAGCAAGUGGUCGAGAUUUCGUGCCUUCCGGAGCAGCUUGCUGUGGCGCUGCUGGUGUCGUCCUGCUGGAGUGUGCAGCGAGCGGUGUCGCUGCACGUGGAGGGAGGCUUCUGGCGGCUGCUGGGGCUGCGGCGCUGCCCCCGAGGCCCCCAGACUUUGCCGCCUUCGCUGGUGCUGUCCGUUUGGGCUGCGCGCGAAGUCAAGCACAACGGCGCCUACAGACUCGUCGUCGAGUGCGGCACAGCAGCUCCCAGGCACAGCAACUGGGCCGAAGGGACGAAAGCGCUUGUGCCUCUGCAGUUCACCUGCGGCAUUCUUGGGGUCUCACCGAGAAAUCAGCUGAAGUUUUCUUUAUGGAGAAGGAGGCUUGUGCAAGAUGACAAAUGCGUGGGAGUGGCCUACUUGGCUUGCUGCCUCAUUCCCCAGGAAGUGACCAGCGUCAGUCGUUUGCCUCUGGAGCACAAGUCCCGAAAGAGCGGCAUUUUGGUAGUUGAGGGUUUCCGCUUUGUGCCCGUGAUACCUGCUGCUGCUGCUGCUGCUGCUGAGGCUGCUGCUGCUGCUGCUGCUGCUGGGGCUUCUGCUGCCGAUGCUUCACCAGCCGCAAGUGCUCUUGGUGCGCGGCCCUUAGCGGCGGGUGGGGAGCCGAGGGAGAAGCAGCGCAGACAAAGGCAGCAGCAGCUAGCAGCAAAUAGUCAAGAACUCAAUGCAGCAAGGAGCAGCCGGGCAGCAACAGCGUCAGAAGCAGCAGCAGGAGCGGGUGCUGUCGCUGCGCAGCAGCAACAGAAAACUAGCAACUACACUGUGGACCUUCUGGAUCUGUUUGACUCUUCGGAAGGGCAGCAGCAGCAGCAGCAGCAGCAAACCGACCACCUCCCUCUGACUCCGUUAAGUGCCAACAGUGACACCUUGCAGCAACUCCAGCUUCUGGAAGAGUCGCUGCAGCAGCAACUGUCUAUGCAGCAGCAGAAGCCGCUGACACAGCAACAGCAGCAAGAACCCGCACUACAGCAGCAAGGGACAUCACAGCAGGUGGGAUUGCAGCAGCAGCAGCUGCUGCAGCACGAACCGAUUCCCCAGCAGCCACUCACUCUGGAACAGCAGCAGCAAAAGGAGCAGGUGCAGUUGGCAACAGAGCAGCAGCCGCCAGUAAAGAAAGAAGCGCUGCUGCAGCGGCAUGCACCAUCGGGGCAGCAGCAGCUAACGCUGCAGCACCAGCAGCAGCAGGAGCCAUCCCUGCUCCCGAGUGCGCAGCAAAAGGACCUGUCCCUGCUUCCGAAUGCGCAGCAGCAGCAGCAACAGCAGCCACAGGAGCAACAACAGGAGCAGCAACAAGAGCAGCAGAAGCAGCAGCAACAGCCUUUGCCGCAGCCCCGUCCUUCAUAUCCUGCUGCUGCCCUUGAUGCACUUUUCUACGCCGAUGUAGCUGCUCACUGUAGAGAUCCGGCAACUGCAGCAGCAGCACGGUCUGCUGCUGCUGCUGCAGCUGCAGCUGCUGACUUGCCCCAUGCUGAGAGGGAACUCCUGCUUCAACAGGCUGCAAAGGGAUUGCCCGAGCUGCACCAGCAGCAGCAGAUACUGCAGCAGCAACAAUUGCAAUUGCAGCAGUUACAACUGCAGCAGCUGCAACUGCAGCAGCAGCAGCAGCAGCAGCAGCAGCAACAGCAGUCAAUUGAACAGCAGCAGAUAAUACAAACUGCGUCUUCAUCUGCGGGCGUUGGGCAGCAGCAACAGCUACUGCUGCCUGGGAUGGCGAAUCUUGUGGGUAUCAGUCCUGUGUUGGCUGCUGCUGCUGCAGCAACGGGAACUCCAUCAGCUGCUGCUGCUGCUGCUGCACAUCAUAUCGUUGCCGACACACAAACUGGCAGCACGCGGGGUUCAGGAGGUGGUCUUUUCAUUGAUGAGCAGCAACAAGGGUACGUGGACGCCCAGCGUCAGGCAGCAGCAGCAGCAGCAGCAGCAGCAGAAUCGUCACAUGUUGCUGCAGCAGCGGCGCACGCGGUAGCAGCAGCAGCGUUGCCACCUCCAGCCCCCCCACCGCCGCCACCGUCAUCGCCACCAUCUACCACGACAGCUGCACUCGCAGCAGCAGCAGCAGCAGCGCUUCCCACGUUACCAGCAGCAGCAGCAGCAGACGAACCCCGCACUCCAACGGAGCAUCCUUCACCAGCAACUCCAGGGCAGACGAGGUGGAGGCAGUCUGAAGCAGUGCUUCCUGCUGCUGCUGCUGCUGCAUCUGCUGCUUCUGUUGCUGCUGCCGAAGCCUCUGAGGUGAUACCAGCUAGCAGGAAGCCCCCUGGGUCGGCCCGAAGACCUACUGGUGGCAGCAGCCCGCAGCAGCAGCAGCUACUGCAGAUGCAGCAGGAAGAGCGGCAGACGCAGCAGCGCAGGCACAGGGCGGAGCAGCGACAGCGGGAGCCGCAGCUGCUGCAGCGGCAGCAGCAGCAGCGGCAGCAGCGGGAGCAAGCCCCUCAGUGGCCAGUGGGCGGGGCCGAUGCUGCAACGCCGGCAGCAGCAACAGGAGACAGAACGCCUGCAGCAGCAGCAACGCAAACUGCAGCAGUAGCUAAGCUAGAAACGGAAGCAGCAGACUGGCCGCCUCCUCGCCGGCCUUCAACUUGGCAGCCAAGGCCAGUUGGAGCAUUUGUCUUCAAGCAGCCGCAGCAGCAGCAGCAGCAGCAGCAACACCCUCAGGCCCCUUCGUAUCCGCAGCAGCAGCUGCAGCAACACCAACGGGCCCAUCUGCACCCGCAGCAGCAAUUCGGCAACCUACAGGAGCAGCAGAAUCAGCAGCAGCAGCAGCCUGGUCCAUUCAAUGUGCCCCCGCAAGCGCCGCUGACUCAGCUACAGCAGCUGCAGCCUCCGCAGCAGCAGCAUCUGCUGCAGCAACGGAUGUCUGGCAGUCCUUUUCCUCCUGCCGAAGAGCAGCAGCUGCAUGAGCAGCAGCAGCAUCAGCAGCAGCAACAGCACUUUCCGCAGCCUGUGUGGCCACAGCAGCAGCAGUUGCAGCCUCAGCACCUGCAGCACCCUCAGCCGCAAACUUCUCCGCAGUCAGCACAGCAUCAGCAGCAGCAGCCACUGCAGCAGCAGCUGUCACACCAACCACUGCAGCACCAGCCACAGCAGCAGCAGCAGCAUCUUUCGAAAAAGCUGUUCAGCGCAUUUAAUCCCUUCCCCGAAAAACAGCGCAUGAAGACGUCCCCAUCUCAGCCUGAGCAGUCGCCGACUCCCCCACAUCAGCAACAACAGCAGCAGCAACAGCAGCAGCAGCAGCAGCAUUCACCUGCAGCUGCUCAGCAGCAGCAGCAGCAGCAGCAGCCUGAUGGUGAAGCGAAGAAGUCUUUGUUCUCUCUCCCUUUCCGACUGCGCCGCAACACGGGCAGCAGUGGCAACAAUGCAGCAGGAACAGAAGCACGCAGCAGUUCAGGGGCUGCUGCUGGUGCAGCUGUGCCUGAACCUGCUGCUCCAGCACAGCAGGCAGCACAAGGGAGUACAGGCACUGAUAGCCAGGAGCAGCAGCAGCAGCAGCAGCAUGAGAGGCAGAGGCUGUCACAUUAUUGGCCCUUCAAGAGCCACCGGGACUCAGGGGGAGCAGAACGAGAAAGCACGGGAGGGGGAGCAGCAGAAGGUGCUGCAGCAGCAAGCGACGCAGCAGCAGCAGCAGAUUCAACAUCAGCAGCAGCAACCCCGGAGAUCCCCUUUCGCUCGUUCCGUGUGCAGUUCCCAGAGUCUGCACCCGCGACAGCAGCAGCAACGCCAGCAGCAUCGGGAGAGAAGCUUGUUGCUGCUGUUGAUGCUCCUCAGUUUCCUGUUGCAGCAGAUGGCGACCCUUUUGAGUUCCACUUCCGGUCUCCUGCUUCUGGAGGUGCAGCAGCAGCAGCAGCAACAACGCCAUUUGCUGCCUCAGGAUUUUCGCAGCAGCGCAACACCUGGGCAGCCCCGCUGCGCCUCCCUGACGAGCCACCAGAUGACGAAAACGAACAGCAGCAGCAGCAGCAGCAGCAGCAAGAGAUGGAGGACGAGCCCUGGUGGGAGCUUCCGAAGCCGCAUGCAGCUGUCCGUCAUGAGGCGAAGCAGCAAAAGAAGGAGAAGCAGCGGAAACAGAAGCAACGGGGGUCGAAGCUCACGACAAACGCGCAGCAACAGCAGCAGCUGCUGCUGCAACAGCAGCAGGGCGACAAGGAGAAGCAGCAGAAGCAGCAACCGGGAGACGGUGAGGGCUGGCCAACGCAGACCUGGCAACGCUCUGUCUCUUUUGAUCCUUUAGAACCUUUUGAAGAAUCUGAAGAAUCUCAAAUGUCUCAAGGAUCUGCUUCCUUGGGUCCUGCUGCUGCUUCCGGUGACUUUGGUGCUGCUGCAGCAGCGCAGCAGUGCGCCGCAGCUGCAGCAGCGCACGGCAGCAAGGACCAGCACCAGGAGACCGCGCGCAAGUACAAAGGCCGAAAGAAGGCUGCUGCUGCUGCUGCUGCUGCCGCAGCAGCAGCAGCAGAAGACACAAAAGAUGGAAGGCUCUUAAUGGACUGGGGAGACGCAUGGUGGGAUGAAGAAGCAGCAGCAGCAGACUCAGACUUGACAGAUGCAGCAGAGCAGCAGCACCUGCAGCAACAGUGGCCUCCAAUUCCCGGUGCAGCGGCACAAGGCGCUGCUGAGCAGCAGCAGCAGCAGCAGCAACAGCAAGAGGUGCCAACGGGGCUAAACGAGCAAGCACAGGCAACUGACGACAGCCCAGCUCUUCACGGGAGUCAUUACGGCAGUUUGUUAGCGAAGCAGCAGCAGCAACACUUGCAGCAGCAGCAACAGCAGCAUAUGCAGCAGCAGCUGCAACCACAGUAUCUCGACCAGCAGCUGGAACCUGUGCAGCAAAAGCACCGCCACUACCCACAGCAGCAGGAGGACCAACAGGCCAUCAAACAGCAGCAGCAGCAGCAGCAGCAGCAACAGCAGCAGCAGCAGCCUUUAGCCAUUUCAGCACCCCAGGGGGCCUUUCUUGAGGCUCCGUUCGAGCCCUGGGCAGCGGCCUCUGCGCAGCAGGCAGCUCUUGCUGCAGAAAUGCAAGCCCACCUGCAGCAGCAGCAGCAGCAGCAGCAGCGGCAACAUCGACUCCCUGUGACUCCUACGAUACAGCAGAAUGUCAACCCUGUGGAACAGAUCCAUUCUUCAGGUUUGCUGCAGCAGCAGCAGCAACAGCGGCCGCAGCAGUUGCUGCUGCACCAGCCACAGCCCGUCCAGCAGCAGUUGCCGCAGCCAGUACAACAGGUGCUGCAGCAGCAAAGGUUGCAGCAACAGCAACAGCGACCGUUUCUCUCUCAGCAGCUGCAGCAGCCAGGGGCUCUUUCGCCCCAGAUUUUUUCGUCUGGCCAGUCUCUGCAACAGCAGCAACCGCUGCAGCAGAUGCAGCAGCAGCCACUGCCGCAGCAGCUACUGCAGCAGCAACCACUGCAGCAGAUGCAGCAGCAACAUCUGCCGCAGCAGCUACUGCAGCAGCAGUUGCUGCCGCAUCCGCAGUACUUGCAGGAACAACAGAGUCGCCGCCAGCGACUUCAGCAGCAGCAGCUGCAGCAGCAGCAGCUGCAGCAGCAGCAGCUGCAGCAGCAGCAGCUGCAGCAGCAGCAGCUGCAGCAGCAGCAGCUGCAGCAGCAGCAGCUGCAGCAGCAGCAGCUGCAGCAGCAGCAGCUGCAGCAGCAGCAGCUUCAGCAGCAGCAGCUGCAGCAGCAGCUCCUGCAGCAGCAACUCCGCACGCAGCGACAAGACUUAGCCUACCCACAGGCAAUGGCGCAGCAGCAGCAGCAGACUCUGCAGCCUCUUCAGCCCGUGGGUCAUGGAGGCCUGCAGCAGUUGCAGCAGCAGCCGCAACGCCUGCAGCAGCAGAAGCUUCCGCAGCAGCAGCCUGCGGUGCCGUACCAGCAGCCGCAGCAGCAGCUAAAUUUGCAGGGGCCAUGGCCACAGCAGUACCGACCUCCGCUGCAGCUGCAGCAGGAGCUGUUGUCACCACCGCAGCAGCUGCUUCCGCAGCAGCAGCAAGCACUGCCUCAGCUCCAACAGCACUACCUGCAGCACCCGCUUGAACCCCAGCAGCAGCAGCAGCCGCAGCAGUUGGGCCAAACUGCCAAAAGAAGCAGCACCAAAAGCUUUGAUUCAUUUUAA